GAAAACAAAGCUAACUCCUUAGUUGAUGAGCCGUAGUAUGGUCGGCGAGAGUCUCAUCUUAUCAUUUGCUUACACCAUGUACAGGUAUUGCAUUCGCUUCUUGAUCUGAUUUUUUGCUCGUGGCAUAGAGUUAUGUAAGGGUUGAAUGAAUAAUCGCUAGUAAUGAGAUACUGUAUCCGAUAGUGAUGCUAGAACUCAGCCAUAUCAAACGAUUGUCCUCACUGAAACGUUCCAUGGCGACGAUCAUACUGUCACGUGGGUAUGAUCGACGCAGGGGCAGUCUGUGGAUAUCCUCAUCCCACUUUAAAUGCGAUGAGUUCCGCGGAAUAGUUUCUUGUUCGAAGAACUGUUCAUCUCUUUUAUUGUGCUUCUAAAUAUACCGAACAUUCUAACAUCAUGGCCAAGCCGCUCUCAGACGAAGAAGUUGCUAUUCUCAAAGAAGCAUUCGAUGCAUACGACACGGAUAAAGGAGGCAACAUUACUGUAGAGGAAUUUGGCCGUGUAAUGAAACAGUCUGGACAAAACCCAACCGAAGAGGAACUUGCAGAGAUCAUAAAAGAAGUUGACCUCGAUGGCGAUGGUACCAUAAAUUUUGAUGAAUUCAUUGCCAUGAUGACAGGUCGAACGAGACAAAAGCCUGAUGACCAAAAGGCCAUUGAAGAUGAUUUGAAAGCAGAAUCAGCUCCAAUUCCUGUUUCGAGUGAAGAAGAUCCGGAGGAAGAGUGGAAAUCCGUGUGGAGGGAAUUCGAUCAUUCUUUGAGAGGAUCGAUUACUGCAGCUCAGUUGAGACAGGCUUUGGGAAAUCUGGGAGAGUCAAUAAGUGAUGCAGAGAUUGAUAAUGUCAUAAUGAAGUCAGUAGAUGCGGAGGAUAAAAUUAGUUAUGCGGAAUUUGUCGAGUUCAUGAAGGGGAGAUCUACUUCAGAUAUAUGACGACUCUCAAGAGGUGCAUAGCUAUAGUAGAUGCAGAUUACCUAAUUCAUUUUUUGCUACCCA